AUGGCACUAGUGAUUAUACUGACUACCUUCUUUGUGAUUAUUCUUGCUCCUUCUCAGCCUUGCCAGACCCCUGAUGACUUCGUGGCUGCCACUUCUCCAGGACAUAUCUUGAUUGGAGGUUUGUUUGCCAUUCAUGAGAAAAUGCUGUCCUCAGAAAACUAUCCCAGACGGCCAGAAAUCCAGAAGUGUUUUGGCUUUGAAAUAUCCGUCUUUCUUCAAACUCUCGCCAUGAUACACAGCAUUGAGAUGAUCAAUAACUCGACACUACUACCUGGAGUCAAACUAGGGUAUGAAAUCUAUGACACUUGUACAGAAGUCACAGUGGCAAUGGCAGCCGCUUUGAGGUUUCUUUCUAAAUUCAACUCCUCCAAAGAAACGGUGGAGUUUAAGUGCAACUAUUCCAGCUACACGCCAAGGGUGAAGGCUGUCAUAGGUGCCGGCUACUCGGAAAUAACCAUAGCCAUCUCCAGGAUGUUGAAUUUAGAGCUCAUGCCACAGGUUAGUUAUGAAUCAACUGCAGAAAUCCUGAGUGACAAAAUUCGCUUUCCUUCAUUUUUACGGACUGUGCCCAGUGACUUCUAUCAAACUAAAGCAAUGGCCCAUCUGAUACAGAAAUCUGGUUGGAACUGGAUUGGCGUCAUAACCACGGAUGACGACUAUGGACGAUUGGCUCUCAACACUUUUGCAGUUCAGGCUGCAGCAAAUAAUGUGUGCAUAGCCUUCAGAGAGGUUCUCCCAGCCUUCCUCUCAGAUAAUACCAUCCAAGUCAGGAUCAAUCAGACACUUGAGAAAAUCAUUGCAGAAGCCCAAGUUAAUGUCAUUGUGGUAUUUCUGAGGCAAUUCCAUGUUUUCAAUCUCUUCAAUAAAGCCACUGAAAGGAAUAUAAGUAAGAUCUGGAUUGCUAGUGAUAACUGGUCAACUGCCACAAAGAUUAUCACGAUUCCUAAUGUUAAAAGCAUUGGCAAAGUUGUGGGGUUUACCUUUAGAAGAGGGAAUAUGUCCUCUUUCCAUUCCUUUCUUCAAAAUCUCCAUAUGUUGCCCAAUGAGAAUAACAAACCCUUAAAAGAAUAUGCCAUGCUCUUGUCUGCCUGUGCAGAUGUCAAAGACAGUGACCUGAGUCAGUGCAUUUCCAACCAUUCUCAGGGGACUUUGGUCUACAAUGGUGUAGAAAGGAACUUCUCCCUGAGAAAUGACUUCUUGUGGGACUAUACUGAGCCAGGACUCGUUCACAGUAUCCAACUUGCAGUGUUUGCCCUUGGUUAUGCCAUUCGAGAUCUUUGCCAAGCUCGAGACUGUCAGAACCCCAACGCCUUUCAACCAUGGGAGUUACUUCAUGUACUGAAAAAUGUGACAUUCUCUAAUGGAAGGAACUCAUUUCAUUUUGAUGCUCAUGGGGACAUGAAUACUGGAUACGAUGUUCUGCUCUGGAAGGAGAUCAAUGGCCACAUGACUAUCACCAAGAUGGCAGACUAUGACCUACAGAAUGAUGUCUUCAUCUUCACAGGCCAAGAAACAAAAAAGGAGUUCAGAAAUCUUAAGCAAAUUCAAUCUAAAUGCUCCAAGGAAUGCAGGCCUGGACAAAUGAAGAAAACUACAAGGAGUCAACAUACCUGCUGCUAUGAAUGUGUGAACUGUCCUGAAAAUCACUACAGUAAUCAGACAGAUAUGGAUCACUGCCUUUUAUGCAACAACAAAACCCACUGGUCCCCUGUAGGGAGCAGCAUGUGCUUUGAAAAGGAAGUGGAGUAUCUCAACUGGAAUGACCCCUUGGCUAUCCUGCUCUUGGCCCUUUCCCUAGUGGGAAUCAUGUUCGUUUUGGCCAUUGGCAUUAUAUUUACAAGAAACCUGAACACCCCCGUUGUAAAAUCAUCGGGGGGACUGGCAGUCUGCUAUGUGAUCCUCCUCUGUCACUUACUCAACUUUGUUAGCACGGGCUUUUUCAUUGAAGAACCACAAGACUUCACAUGUAAAACCAGGCAGAUGCUGUUUGGUGUGAGCUUUACUCUUUGCAUCUCCUGCAUUCUGAUGAAGUCCCUGAAAAUUUUGCUAGCCUUCAGCUUCGAUCCUAAGUUGCAGAUCUUCCUGAAGUGCCUCUAUAAACCAAUCCCCAUUAUCUUCAUAUGUACAAGUAUCCAGGUUGUCAUUUGCACACUCUGGUUAAUAUUUGCAGCACCAGCUGUGGGGGAGAAUGUCUCCUUGCCCAGAGUCGUCAUCUUGGAAUGCGAGGAGGGAUCCAUCAUUGCAUUCGGCAGCAUGCUGGGCUAUAUCGCCAUCCUGGCCUUCAUCUGCUUCAUAUUUGCCUUCAAAGGCAGGAAAUUACCUGAGAAUUACAAUGAAGCCAAAUUCAUCACCUUUGGCAUGCUCAUUUACUUCAUAGCUUGGAUCACAUUCAUUCCUGUCUAUGCUACCACGUUUGGCAAAUACCUGCCAGCAGUGGAGAUAAUCGUCAUUUUAAUAUCUAAUUAUGGGAUCCUGUGUUGCACAUUCUUCCCCAAGUGUUAUAUUAUUCUUUGUAAGCAAGAGACCAACACAAAAUCUGCCUUUCUCAAGAUGAUUUAUAGUUACUCUUCCCAUAGUGCAGACAGCCUCGCCGUGAGUCAUGUUUCACUGGACUCUACAAACAGCAACAUCAUAAUGACCAACCAAGACUCCUGUGGCAAAUCUGCAGCCUCGAAGAAAAGCAAGGACCUUCAGGGACAAGCAUUUUCACACAUAUACCAACAAAAUGCUACCAGUGUAUGUAAAACUUGGCCUCGGAAAAGAAUUUCAAGCAUAUGA